AUGCAGCGAGUCGUACAAAAAGAGGCUUCGAUUAUCUGCAUACCUGGAGUUCGCAGGGGCUUGUCUACCUCUCUACCCUUUACUUCUUGCCGUCACCGGAUCUACCUACCGUCGAGUCCGAGAACCAAAUCCGUGCCGCGUCGAACAUUUCUGUCGGCUUCACGGUGGUCAAGCACUCCGAGAGUGUUCCCUAGCUCAGGAUUUGAGUUGCUUGAUCAAUCCAUCGAGCUUGACGAAGAGACCUUGCCCACAUACCGGCCCGAAAAUUAUUAUCCAGUCCAUCAAGGCGAGAUACUCAAUGAUCAGUAUCAAACUCUUGCCAAGAUAGGGUAUGGGGUGACUUCAACAGUUUGGCUUGCGAAAGACUUGAUCGCAUCGACGCACGUUGUUCUGAAGAUCUACGUGACGGGUGAAAAUAGGGAUCACGAGCGAGAAUUGGAUAUCUACAAGCACAUAGAUUCAGUGGAGACAAGACAUCCAGGCAGAAACCUCAUUCGCAAACUUCUCGACCACUUUUAUAUCCAGGGCCCUCAUGGCCGUCACGUCUGCCUUGUUCACGAGCCUCUCGGAACAAGUGCAGAUCUUCUGGUGAAGACGUUUCCUGGGCAGACAAUGACCCUUGAUGAUAUGAAGCCAGGAAUCCGACAGAUACUUGUCGCUUUGGAUUAUCUGCACUCGGAGUGUCAUGUCAUCCAUACCGAUCUAUUGCUCCCCGGACCAGAUGCAAGCUACCUUUCUCGAUUCGAAGAAGCUGAAGUUAGAGAACCGUCACCAAGAAAGGUGCUCAACGACCGAACAAUCUACAAGUCUUUGGGCUUCCGUUCACGGGGUGGGCUGCCACUUCUCACUGAUUUUGGGGAAGCUCGACUGGUCGACAAGGAGCACAAUGACGAUAUCAUGCCGAACAUCUACAGAGCCCCCGAAGUGAUUCUGAGAUCGAAUUGGGGGUACAAGGUUGAUAUCUGGAAUCUUGCCAUGGUCGCCUGGGACAUUGUUAGCCCUCGCACCCUGAUCAAUGGCAAGAACCUGGAUGGUAUAUUUGACGACCGCGUCCAUAUGGCGGCACUGGUUGCCCUGCUAGGUCCUCCGCCACCCGAAUUCCGCAAACAGAGACACCUGAGUUCGGUCUUCUGGGAUGAGCGGGGUAAUUGGAAAAAAGUCAGCCCGAUUCCAAAUAUCACUCUCGAAAGCCUCGCCGAGAACGUUCAAGGGGAAGACAAAGAGGGGUUUUUGCGCUGGCUCCGAAUGGCCUUGCAGUGGAACCCCGAGGACCGGCCGACGGCUUUGGAACUCUUAUAG